GGUACUUCCGCCCCGAUGGCCGCGGUGAGAUUUUCCACGCCGGUGUCAGAGGCGGACAGCGGGCUGGCCCCUGACCUCUUCUUGUGCCCCUCGGCAAGCCCGAGCCGCCGGAGCGCCCUGCGCGAGAAGGAGGAGCUGCGGGAGCUCAACGACCGCCUGGCCGCCUACAUCCAGCGCGUGCGGGCCUUGGAGGCGGCCAAAGCAGCGCUGCAUCUCCGCCUGGGCCGGUGCGAGGAGGACGGCAGCCGCGACCUGGGCGUCCAGCGGCGCAUCUACGAGAGGGAGUUGGCCGAGGCGCGCCGGGCGCUCGAUCACCAGGCGCUGCAGCGGGCGGCCUUGCAGGUGGCGGCGGACUCGCUGCGCGACGAGCACCGGCAGCUGCUGGCCAGGAACUCUAAAAAAGAAAAUGAAUUAAGCCUGGCAGUUGCUCGAGUGAGGGAUCUGGAUGCUCAGCUAAACUCCAAAGAGGCUGAACUGGUGACAGCGUUACACAGGCAGCAGAGUUUAGAGAAAGAUCUUCAAGAAUCCAAGGAUCAAAUGAUCUCUCUUAAGGAGCUGGUGAAUGAUUCCAGAAAUGAACUUCAGAAUGAGAAGUUGAAAAGAGCAGACUUGGAAAAUCAAGUGAAAACUCUCCAAGAACAAGUGGGAUUUCUCAAGACCCUCCAUGAAGAUGAACUCAAGAGCAAGAAGCGAUUUUAUGAGAGUAGGAUUCAAGGAAUUGUAUCUGGCCAUCAACAGGAAUUUGAAAAUAAACUGAUGAAUUCUCUCCAGGAGCUCAGAAAAGAGCAUGAACAACAAAUCAAGGAAUACAAAGAUCAGAUGGAGCGAAACUUCCAGGCCAAAGUAGAAAAUGUUCAACUUUAUGCUGAAAAGAAGCAUGAUUUUGCUAAUUCUGUUCAAGAGGAACUCAUAAAAACGAAACUGAAGGUUGAUAAUCUUCUAUCAGAGAACACCGGAUUGGAAGCCAGGAUAAGAGAGCUGGAGACCAGGAUAAGGGAACUACAGAAGGCUGUUGAUUGUGAACGUGACUUAUCCAAAAGAUGCGUAGCUGAAAAAGAUAGGGAGAUGGCAGAAAUGCAGCAGCAGAUGCAAUCUCAGUUGGAAGAGUAUGAGCAUCUGUUGGAUGUGAAGCUUGCACUGGACCUUGAGAUCAAUGCCUAUAAGAUGUUGCUGGAAGGAGAAGAAAAACGUUUGAAACUCUCCAAAUUCUCCUCAGAAAGUGGUGAAUCACAGAUGAGAAGUGGUGGAAAGUGGGCAACCACAAGUCAGGGCCACCGCCUCUUCUUGCAAGGCAGGAAAAGGAAACGAGCAUCGGCCAAGAAACCAGCCCACAGCCUGAGUUUUAAAGUGGCCCAGCGAGCUUCCUCUUCAGGAAGCAUCUCCAUAGAAGACAUUGAUAUGGAAGGAAAAUUUAUCAAAAUUAAAAACAAUUCUGAUAAGGAUCAGCUACUAGGUGGAUGGAUGGUUAGAAAGCAGCAUAGAAACGAAUCUGACACUAUGUAUCAGUUUCCUGCUCAAUUCAUUCUUCAGGCUGGUCAAGUAGUAACUAUCUGGGGAGAAAGAGAGGGUUUAAGCCCAAGUCCUAGCCCCCUGGUUUGGGAAUCCCAAAAGUCAUGGGGAGUUGGCGAGAACAUCAGUAUUGUUCUCCUUGACGGUGAUGGAAAUGAAACUGCAGAAGGAAUGAUCAUGUAUCUGGAAAGAGGAGAGGGUGAUGGAGAAAUGGAAGAUGCUGCUGAGGAGACAAAACUAGGGAUUCAUAGCCAGCAGAAUGAGAGCCGCAGCUGUCCCAUAAUGUAACCGAAAGUAGAUGCCUUACUGGAUAAGCUUGAAACAGAAUUCCCAGAAUUGAAAGUUGCUUCAGAGAUGUUUGGUUUUGCCCUGAGAGUUGAUGCCAUAACUUUCCUUCACUCUCCUUGACUUCAAGGACAAGAUGACUUGUGAGCUCUUAACAGCCAACUGGUGAAAGACUAUAUGGAAGUACCUGCAGUAUUAGGGCAGAUGAUAUGAUUACCUUGGAGUCACAUCUAAGAGCCUUAAGAGACCUUCAAUUUUGUAGCCUGCUAUGAACAAGCAAGAGCCUCAUCUUGUUAAAUUAGAAGAGCAGUAAAUUGUACCACGUUAUUCAGUCAAAUGCCAGGGCCCUGCUUUACAGUGUUGCUUUUUUUGCAUAUAGUAUGGCCACUGGCAAAGAAGUUGGUAGAGCUCUUAGCUCCUCUACGGACCAAGGUAUUCCUCCAUGUAUCCACACAAACAGCCUAAGUUGUACUGAAACUGCAGUUCUAGCCUUCCUUGGUAGCUUGGGAGAUGUUCCAGCAAAUACGCCAAAUUAAGGAAUUCCUCUUGCUCCAAUAAUAUAUAGUAGCCAUGUAUGAAUUGCUUUCUCUUUUUUCAACAGAAGUGGCCAUAAUAUAGCAUGCUGGUGAUUUGUCUAGAAGUUGCUUAAAGCUAGUGCUGGUUUGCAAUAGGAAAGAGAGACACGGGGACAUCUUUUAUUAUGCUGUCAUUCUGUUAGAAUGAGCCUGAAGAAAUGCCCAGGAAGGAGAGUGAGAUGGCCAUCAAAUGCAGCACUUCUUCUGAACCCAUUCCAACAACAGUGGAAACUCAGAAUUAUUUAGGACUCUUGUAUUAAUUAACCAUCACAGAAUGCUUCUACUGCAACCAGCUCCAAUUUAGGAUAGGGUUCUUGAACACAGUAUUUUUUCUGGAAGGAUUCCUUUCAGUUGGAUUUCUUCAAUAGCAGUUUUUUUAAAAUGGUUAAAUUAUUGAUGCCGGUGGCUUCUGAUAUUUUAGCAGAUCUAAACAGUUUGUUGUGGCACUUGCUGUUUAGGUACUUCUAGUUGUGUGUAGGCCUUAUUAAAGACACACAUUUGGUAAAUGCUUGCUUUCUAUUAAAGGUAUCUCCUGUUCAGCUGAUGGCUCUUUAUGGUGUUUUAAACAAACUCUAUAUUUGGCAGGCUUAAGUCUUAUAUUGUCUGUAUGUUAUUUCAAAAGAGUGAACUGUUCCCCAAACUGGGUCCAUCGUCUUGACAAAUUUUUAUUGUAUAAUAUUUUAAAUUGCAGUUCAUGUCCCCUUUUGUGGAAGAUUGCUUAAUAAAAUGUUGACUAACGUCAUCAAUUUAGCUAUAAUAACUUGAUAACAGCUAGACACUUAAAUGUUUUUGGAGAAAAGGAAGAAAAUAUCAAUAGUUAAAUGAAUUCCCAUGAAAGCUCCUGUCUACAAUAAUUGGGGAGAUGGGUUGCUUUGCUUAUGGGCUUUAGAAAAAUCCAGUUUGCUGCUGUGGGAAAUACUUGAGUAGAGAGAGCCAUUGGUGGUGGUGUAAGUAACGCUAUGGUUAUUUACAGGAAAUCCCUAUUAAUUUGAACUCAGUUGCAAACUCUAUAGCUGUGCUACUUUGCCUGAGCAAGAAGUUGGAUUAUUAUUUAUUUCCCUAAAUGGAAAGGUGGAAAACAGAUCAGAAACGUAUGAGAAAACAGUUUUAAAGUAUCUCUUGCACCAUAGGAAGGAAGCCAAACUUAUAGUACCAACUAACCUGAUAACUACUAAAGCAGGCUCCCAUGGAGAAGCUGGAGAACACACAAUUUUUCUUAACCCCAGACAUUUUUCACAAAGGUA